AUGCCAAUUCAAGUUGGACCUGCUACAGCUGUCAGCAAAAGCUGUUGGCAAGCUAUCACCUACUCAAGACUGAUUCUAGAAACCCUCAGCCAGGGGCAGUGGUCUACCGGACGGACAUAUGGAAGUAUGUCAUCUACGGGAAAGUUGAAAGCACCAUCUUGGUCCUUGGAUGGUGAGAAAUGUGAUAUCGUCAUAUUACCUUCCCGCAACUCCAGCCCUCCUGCCACAAGAGGUCCACCCAGAAUGAAACUUCGAAAUGUCGAGAGCCUUGCCUCAUGGACCGAAAAUUGUACAUAA